AACUCCCGUUACGCGGUAUCCUCCUAACAUAAAACAAAAGAAAUAAAGAAGAGAAAUAGUCAAAUAACCAAAUUCAUUAUCCGGAGAGGCCAAUCCCUGCAAAAUACGUGAGAUGUCUCUUCAUCAGCCCGAAACCCUGACUAAUAUUAUGCCGGCGAUGCCUAAAGAAGAAGAGGUUAGUACCUCCGAGCCCCAGCAAAAAAUGCCAAAGGUUAAUACGGACCGACCCUGGUACACCGAUUAUGGAAUUUCACAUAACGGUGAGGACCGUUAUGAAGCAAUGGUGAAGUUCAUAAAUGAAUGUGCUGAAUGGGCCCAUGUGGAGGACGAAAAUCUAAGGAAGGAACUCAAGCUUUACACCUAUCAAGUCAAUAUGUACGGCCCAUACGAGGUCGAUGUUUUCCCAGAUUGGCCGCUUUUUUCCAAGGUGCAUCCCAUCGAUUUUGAGGGUGACAAGGAAUUUGUAGAAGUUGUAAAGACUGGGACUAAAUCCGCAAUUGCUCUCUACAACCGGGAACAUAGCCUAGAUGAGAAUAUCAGUCUUGUGAAGAUUGUGAAGGUGAAUCUCAUCUGUGGGUAUGGCAGAAGAUUUUAUAUCACUUUUGAUGCUGAUGUUUCUAUGUCUGGGUUAAGGAAGACCUAUCAAGCUGAAGUGCUCAAAAUCGGAGAUUAUAUUGAUGCUAUGAUGUGCCAUAUUAAACCUGAUUAUAAAAAACCCAAUCCGCCAAUAGGUCUGGAUAAUUGCCCAGCUCUGCAAUUAGGGAUAAUACGUCCGGUCCCUUCGGAGGAAAAAGAGCUGUUUGAAAUUGUGGAGGCUUGUACCGAUAAAGCAAUUGCGUUCUACAAUGAGCAACAUAAUCAAAGUGACGAGGAUAUCAUAUUUGAGAAGAUUUUGAAUGCUCAGUACAAAAUUGAUCAUGGUAAAACAUUUUAUAUUGCUUUUGAUGCGGUUGGUUCUAAAUCUGGGCUAAGAAAGACCUAUCAAGCUGAAGUGAUCUAUCGGAUAUAUUACACUAAAGUUGUGACGUGUCAGCUUGAUCCUGAAAGUGAUGAUGAACUAUGUCAGAUCGAAGAGGAGAUCACAGUGGGGAGCGAGAAGGGUGGAGCGAUCACAAUUGACUGCGAGGAGAGCCGACCCUGCUACUUUGCCUAUGGAUAUAUAAUAGAAAGUGAGAGGUCAAAGCUGAGCUUACAUGAAUGUGCUGAAUGGGCCCAUGUGGAGGACAAAAAUCUAAGGAAGGAACUCAAGCUUUACACUUAUCAACUCCAUACUUACGGCCCAUAUGAGGUCGAUGUUUUCCCAGAUUGGCCACUGCUUUCCAAGGUUCAUCCUGUCGAUUUUGAUGGUGAUGUGGAAUUUGUCGGAGUUGUGAAGACCGGGACUGAAUCCGCAAUUGCCCUCUACAAUCGGGAACAUAGUUCAGAUGAGAAUAUCAUUCUUGCGAAGAUUGUGAAGGCUAACCUCAUCAAUGGGUAUGGUAGAAGAUUUUAUAUUACUUUUGAUGCGGAUAAUUGUGUGUCUGGGUUAAGGAAGACCUAUCAAGCUGAAGUGCUCAAUUUGGGAGAUUCUAUUGAUGCUGUGAUGUGCCAUCUCAAACCUGAUUAUAAAAAACCAAAUCCGCCAAUAGGUCUCGACAAUUGCCCCGCUCUGGUUUUAGGGAAGACAUUUCCGGUCAGUUUGGAGGAUAAGGAGCUUUUUGAAAUUUUGAAGAACUGUACCCAUGAAGCAAUUGCGUUCUACAACAUGCAACAUCCAAGAGACGAGGAUAUCAUAUUCAAGAAGAUUUGGUAUGCUGAGUGCAAAAUUUAUCUCGGUACAACAUUUUAUAUCGCUUUUGAUGCGGUUGGUUCUAAAUCUGAGUCAAGAAAGACCUAUAUAGCUGAAGUGAUCUAUAAGAUAUAUUGCACUAAAGUUGUGGCGUGUGAGCUGACUCAGCUUGCUUCUCCAAGUAAUGAUGAACCAUGUCAGAUGAUUGAAGUGUAGAAAGUGUAGAAGGUGUGGAUAUCAGCGACUAUGUAUUUUGAAGGGGCCACAAAAUAUGCUCUUAUGUAACAAUGACUAGAUCAUAAUGUUUAUCAAGUAAUGAUGUUAAGACAUCACUUGUAGAUAUUCCAAUUUAGUUGCUUUUUAUCUUAAUCAUGAAUUGUUGACGAGCAUAUAUUACCAAUAACGAGAUCUCAAUGGGAAAUAUGGUUCCUAUUUCAAGUUAAUUUAUAUCGUUUGUUAAAUUUGUAUUUGUUCAU